AUGCAAGAUAAGAAAGAGAGGGCAGAAACAGAAUACGUAAACGUUUUGUUGGUUAUUGUGGAAGCGGUGGGUUUUGGAAGAAUCGAGCCAGAAUACCCACCGAUCGGUGGAAGAAUGAAGCAGAAGAAGCCGAUGAGGCGGCGAUACCGUCUAGUCAACAAUCGGUCCCCUAAGCCCUUCUACCGACUCCGUCUUCUCCAAAUCCUCAUAAUCGGUAUUUACACACAGGGACUCUACAGUAGAUGUCUGAUGUAUCUUUUAUUGGGCCAUGUCUAUUUGACGAUGAUCGAUAUAUAGACUCACACUCACCAUCUGAUACAAGUGUAGAUACUUCAAGAAUGGAAAAUUCCAAAUGUAUUUUGAGUUUUGUUGAUGUGCCUCCACCGUAUUCAGGUGUUGGUAUAUAUGAUUGUUUAUACAAAUGUCUAAAAGAUUGGAAUAUUGAAAGUAAGGUGGCUAGUUUGACGGUUGACAAUGCCAAGACAAAUGAUGUGGUUGCUAGGAAGUUACUUGAAAAUUUGAAUCUUCAAAAGAAAGUUGUUGUUGGUGGGAAGUUAUUUCAUGUGCGUUGUUGUGCACAUAUAUUAAACUUGUUAGUUCAAGAUGGUUUGUCUGAAAUUAUAGAUAUAACCCAUAAUGUUCGUGAAAGUGUGAAACAUGUAAAUGCCUCGCCGGGUCGGUUACCUGUCUUUAGUGAUCUUUCAAAGCAAUUAUCCAUGCCAAAGAAGCAUUUAAUUUUAGAUGUUAGUACCCGGUGGAAUGCCACAUACGCUAUGUUGUCUACAGCCUUGGAGUUUAAAGAUGGUGUUUAAGGAUUAUGCUGAUAGAGAAUGUUCAUACACCACUUUGCCGAGCGACGAAGAUUGGAAAAAAGUUGAAGAUAUUUGUUUGUUUUUAGCACUUUUCAACGAGGCUACACAAAUAAUUUCAGGUUCUAGUAGUUCAUUUUAUGUUUUUUAUGUAUAAUUUACCAUAUGUUUUUAGUCAUUUCAC